GAAGGGCUGCAUUUGCAGAAAGUGGUUGUAAAAUAAUUGCAAAUACUGUUCAUGCCAAAUUUGAUCUGUCAGUUGUUCCAAUCGCAGACGUCAACAAAUCAAACAUUUCUGCCGUGUGCAUAUAUGUGUAGUUGUUUUUCAUUUUGUUUGCAUCAAAAACGUUUCUAAAACCAAAGUUUUAAUGGUAUUAAAAUCGAGAUAUUUAUGAAAAAUCGAAAAGAAAUUUCAUAAGGUUUAUUGACCAACCAAGACAAAAAUGGAGACCACUUCUGAAACAGCUAGUCGAUUGCGGUCAGGUGGAGUUGGUGAGGAGUACAUGCAAUGUCCUACUUGUGAAUGCAAAUUACAGCAUUGGGAAGUAAAGACACAUUUCGAACAGGAAAUGGAGCGUUUAAGAAAUUUGCAAAUGAAAGUGGUUAGAGAAGCAAGCGCCGAACUGUCACAGCAAGGCGCCAGCAAUACAUUGGCACAUAGUGAAGAACGACGUAAACCUUGGACAAUAUUUCAACGAGUUCAACGAAAUCGUCACUCACGCAUAAGGCGAAGAACUGGUAAACGAGUAGCACCUACAACCGAUCACCAAUGCCCUGUUUGUAAUGUAAGUUUCUCACUAGAGGAAAUUCAACAACAUGCUGAGCAAUGUUUACGUCGAAGUAAUGGGACAACCAAUGGUCGUGAUGGAGGCAGUUCAAGCAACGAAGACGACGAUGGAGAGGAGUACGAAGAAUAUGAAUGGGCCGGGCAAAAGCGAGUACGUGUUUCAAGCAUGCUGCAAGGUGGUUAUGCUGCGAUUGGUAUAGGUCAAACUGUUACAAAUACUGGAAGUAGUGGUAGUCAUAAUUCCACUCAUGGUGGUGACGAAGAAGAAGAAGAUUUAAAUGUAGAUGAAGAUGAUACACAAAUUUACGGACCGGCUCAAUAUGCAGAGGCUGAUGUUAUACCACCAAUAGCUGAGCAAAAUGGUAAUAGUGCCGAUAGUGAUGUAACUAACUACAUGCGACGGCUAAUAACUUGUUCUGAAGGAACAACUUUACACAAUAGCGUGGAAGAACUGCGUCGCACAUGCGUAGAUAUUGUGGUAGCUACAAAUACCGAUAUACGCAUUCCGCAGGUUGUUGAAUCCACAGGACAUCAAGACCCCAUCAAAAAUAAAUUGCCUGACAAUGAACAACAAAACUACCCGCAGAUAAUUGAAUCAUUGAAAAUGAAAUUACGACAUUUUGAAAAUCAAUCCCAAAAUAAAUUCAAAUGUCUAAUUUGUUUAGAUGAUUAUAAAAAUCCAGCUAUUUCGGUUGCAUGCUGGCACGUACAUUGUGAGGAGUGCUGGCUGCGUUCGUUGGGAGCCCGAAAACUUUGCCCACAAUGCAAUUUGAUUACGACGCCAAAGGAUUUGCGCCGAAUUUAUAUGUAAAUGAGUAAAAGUAACAAAUAUUAUAAACUUUUAAGGUAUAAAACUUU